AUACAUCUCCUUGGUAAGUCGGCGUUACGUACCCCAGUGCGACACUUCGCUCCUGUCAAUAUAUUCCCUCCUGAAUAUUGAAAUAUCGGUUGACUCGAUACAGUAUCCCCUCAAUAUAUACAUAAUAUAUACAAGACAUUUCGUUUCAAGAAUUCUCUGGAAAUUUGAGAAAAAGAAAGAUGGCAGGAGUUACUCCAUUUAUAUUUUAUAAUUUAUUUAAAGUUCUUUGAAACCAGUUCGCGAAUGUGGGUUCACGUUAUCUAGUUGUCUGUCACCUACAUAAUCAUGAAGAUACCUCCUCCAAGCCAAAAUUUUCACAGAUCUGUGAGUGUAUGGUUUGUUGGGUUUCUUCAGUAUCAAACAGCGUACCGUAUCCAAAAAUACUUGGCUAACCUCCACGGUAUGGCUAAUAGUUUAAACGAAGGACAGUCGAAUGAUGGAACAAUACUAAUAGUGGAACAUGCACCAGUUUAUACUACUGGUAUAAGAACAUCAAAUGAUGUUGAAUCAGAAGGAAAAAAAUUGAAGGCUCUAGGUGCUGAAUUUUACAGAACCAAUCGGGGAGGGCUAACUACAUUCCAUGGACCUGGUCAGCUUGUUGUUUACCCUGUACUGAACCUAAAAAACUUCAAUAAAAGCAUGAAGUGGUAUAUUUGCAAGUUGGAAGAAACCAUUAUACAACUGUGUAAGUCAUUUGGUGUAGAAGCUGGUCGAUCUUCAAACACUGGAGUAUGGGUCAAAAAUGAAAAGUUGUGUGCCAUUGGAGUGCAUGGCAGCCGGUAUAUUACCACACAUGGUCUAGCAUUGAAUGUGAAUAAUGACCUUACAUGGUUUUCACACAUAGUGCCUUGUGGGAUACCUGACAAAGGAGUCACAUCCCUAUCCCAAGUAUCUGGAAAGCAAUUAACUAUUGCUAAUGUGAUAAAUCCUUUCCUGGAAUCCUUUUCACAUGAGUUUGAAUGCCAAAUUAAAAUGCUACCUUUCAAAGUUCGUGAAGACAUAGUUAAUCAUCUUAAAAAAGAAAGGUUAAUCAGCAGUGCAACAGAGGAGCAGUUAUUGAAAAAUAAGGCUUUUAUUUCAAAACAAUACUCAUAGAAUGAGAAAAAUUUUAGAGAGAAACCAAGAAAUUGGAAAAUUCAUUCAAUAAAAAAUUAUGAGUU